AUGUUUGAAACUGGUCGCAGAUCGGCAAUCAGUAGCUCGGAGCUUGGACUCUACUCAGACAGAUCGGAUUAUUACGAUAACAAUAAGUACGGACCUGUUGUCAGGAAAGUUGUAAUUGGGAUUAUGGCCGUCGUUGCGGUAAUACUGGCAGCCAUCUUCAUCUAUGAUUUCGCAUCUGGAGCAGUCGCAAGUAGCAAAGUCAGCCAGGAGACCAAACAUGUCUACAUCCUCCAAAAUCCUCUGAAGAAACCGAAUUACUUGAAAAAGCCCGCGCAACAUGAUGCAGAAAAAUCGACCGCAGAAUUACAAGAUCGGUCCGAUUUUAAUGGAAAUAUUUCUUAUGUUGAUGCGAGCGGAAGGAGCGGAAGUAUCGACCUCGAUCUUCCGGAAGUGAGGAGUCAAAAUUUGGAGAAUUAUAAACUAAGGAAGAGGAUGAUGGACUCGGAAGACAAUGUCGAAGAAAAAAUUGAAAGUAAAGAGGUUGUUAACAAUCACGCGGUUGUUUAUCGCGUCAGGCAAAUGUUCCAUCCGGAACCAGUAGCCCAAGUGGAGCCGCACGAAUCCAAACCUAUGCCAUUCCACUUUGAAUUAAAAACUCCCCAGCCUGCAUCGUUCAGACGAAUAAAAUUUCCGCAACUGACGCAGUAUCGGUACCCACAUCCUUCAAGAAAUAUCCAAGAGAUCAUAAAGUACCUGACAAACGACCCUGCUACUACGAAACACGGGAUUAAGUUCAGCGGAGUUUAUAUGAACCCGAAAAAACAUAACUUUCCUGAGAUGGGAAGUUUAGUUUCUAACAGCGAUCGCUCGGAAAUGGCCAGUGAGUCUGAUGAGUAUGAAGAAUCUGAGGAUGAAACUGUUCAAUUUUCGGGAGGACAUGACCCGUUUUAUCCUUAUAAACCAAAAUUUCCGGGAGAUGUUAAUCUUUUAGCGCCUGCUAAUGUUAGAUUUUCUCCUACAGGAGUCCACCGCUACAACCCAUAUCUAGAAACUCAAUACCACCGGCCUCUGAACCGACCGAUAGCUGCAGAAUCCAGCUACGAUAAUUCCGUAAGCGCUGGAAACUACGGAAAAAAGCGCAAACCAAAGCCUUUUAGCGUAAUGUUAGACAUCUACCCUAUCACAGACCUAAACGACCAGCCGUCAAACAAAAUCGCCCGACCUAGACCGAUUUCCGAAGAAUUUUCCGAAAGCAGAAGGCCGAUUUUCGGCCGCGCCAAUCGCUACUAUUCCAAUGGCGCCCAACCAAUCCCCCUGAUCGCUUUGCCAGCCGCAACCCAAAACGGGCAGACUUCCGAAGAAGAAGAAAAGAAGCAAAUGAUCUUCCACCUAAAUUUGUACCCUCGGAAGAAGGCCAAGCUCAACAGAAAUGACGUACGCCAGAGAUCGGAGGCUAUGACUACCGAAGACAAGCAGCAGUUCAUUGAAAAGGUCAUGUCGCCGUUCGAUACCAUCACAAAACAACUGACAGACCAGUCAGCCAUCGAGGAGUUAAAACGUGAUGGAGAAGAUACUCCGAAACAUUUUCCGCUGAUCAGAAGUCGGGAUCAACAGAGCUUUCUAGAAAUGCCUAAUGAGAAACCCGCUGACAAAACCGAUAACCUCUUCAAUCACAAUCACAAUCACAAAAUGGCGCCCGAUGAUCUUAAAAAUGGAACCCCGAAAAAUAGUAUUUUUAGUACCACUACGGAAAGUCAGAAAUUCGCUGACGGGCUUGUUGCGAUUGAAUAA